CCGAGCCGGGUUUGGCCUGGCCUGGCCGCGCCUCUUCCGCCGCUGCCCGCCGAGCAGGCGGCUCGGGAGCGGCGCUGAGGCGGCAUGGGGAAGAGCUGCAAGGUGGUGGUGUGCGGCCAGGCCUCCGUGGGGAAAACGGCCAUCCUGGAGCAGCUGCUGUACGGGAACCAUGUGGUGGGCUCUGAGAUGAUCGAGACCCAGGAGGACAUUUACGUGGGCUCCAUCGAGACGGACCGCGGGGUGCGUGAGCAGGUGCGCUUCUACGACACCCGGGGCCUGCGGGACAGCCUGGAGCUUCCCAAGCAUUGCUUCUCCUGCACAGACGGCUACGUGCUGGUCUAUAGCACCGACAGCAAGGAGUCCUUCAAGCGCGUGGAACUCCUCAAGAAGGAAAUUGACAAGUCCAAAGACAAGAAGGAGGUCACCAUCGUGGUUUUGGGCAAUAAGUGUGACCUGCAGGAGCAGCGCCGGGUAGACCAUGACGCAGCCCAACACUGGGCCAAGGGUGAGAAGGUGAAGCUGUGGGAGGUGUCUGUGGCUGACCGGCGUACAUUGAUCGAGCCGUUCAUCUACCUGGCCAGUAAGAUGACACAGCCACAGAGCAAGUCUGCUUUUCCCCUGAGUCGCAAGAACAAGGGCAGCGGGUCUGUGGAUGGCUGAGACUCGUCUUUCCCUUCCCUUCUGUCACCACUUCCUCUCCCUCACCCCUCUCCUUCCCUUGCACGUACCUCCUGCUGAACCUGUGUGGUGUUGUGGAGCCUGCAGAAAGCCUCGUUGCACGAGGAACGGGCAUCCCAGGGCCGGGGAUGAUAGUCUUUGAGGAGGAGAGAGGUGACCCAUCUCCCUGCACUGAGACAAGUGCUCUUUUCACUGCCUAGGCCCUGCCGGUGUUUGAGGUGCUAUGCCAAGAUUCACCAAGUGACACUCCUCUGCUCUCAGGGCGCAGGCUGGCACCUGUGGGCUGUGUGUGGCCUGAGGGAAGAUGCCCACAAGGCUGGCCAGCAGGCUGAGAUCAGCUCCGCACCUGAGUGCAGGCAGGGCAGAGGAAAUGAUUCCCCCUUUCAAGAGCAGCUCUGUCUUAUUUAUUGAUACUAUAUAAGAAGAGCCCCUUUGUCUUCUCCCUUGUCCUCUCCCAGCUAGCUUUGUGGUGCUACAGCUUUGACUCAUCAGAUCACCCCUUGCCUGGCCCUGCCCUCUGCUCCUCGAUGUGUGCUAUGGUCAGUCCUCGAUCGAGAGGAGCCUCCUGUCCCAGCGAAUGCACAGGGCAGAGCAGGAUGCUGUUCGUGAGGCAGGGUCAGGCCUCAGCCCUGUGUCUUUUAGUGCCCACAUAUUAAAAUUGCAGCCCUCUUCCUGAGCACAGACUCCGUCCUGACCUGGGAGGUGCUGGAUCCGUGCUUAACCUGCACACACAGGUGCUUUAGGGCUGUGGCAGCUCUCACUGCCCAUCAGUCACGGUGCUGCCUCUCCUCUCAGAACCGCCACAAGACAAAGGGAAGGUGGCCCAGUCCUGCCCAGCAACGUUCCCUUUGGCUAAUCUGGAUUUAGAGUUAAAAAAUAAUGACGAGAAAGCCCUGGCUUGUUUAUACUUGUUCCUUUUAUUUACUGAGUAACACAAUAAAGCAAUGAGAUUCAA